AUGACCGAGAAAAAGACCAACCGUACCACGCUAGAGGAGAAGAUCAUGAUCAUUGACUACUUUAGGAGUUCGAAUCGGCCGCAAAACGAAACCGUGGAGCAUUUCAAGGACAAGUACUCGAUUUCCACAUCGAGUUUGAGUGCGUGGAUUAGACAGGAAGACGAACUACGGAAGAGAUACAACGAUUCCAUGAAGGAGCCCUUUGGAAUCAGUAACAAUGUCAAGCAUUCAAAGAGAAAGGGAACCUUCAAAUAUGCCCAGAUCAAUGAUGCCAUGUCCAAGGUUGUUGCGCAGCGAUUGAGAGAAAAGUUGCCAAUCAAUGAAAGCAUUCUACGGAAAUACUGGGCAGAAUAUGCGAAAAAAUACGGGGUGAGUGAUCCCAAACGUGUUGAAUCCUUCAGUCAUGGGUGGUUGGCCAACUUUAAGAAACGACUCGGAUUGAAGAUAACGAAAAAUAAAACCUUAGGUGUGGAUGAGAAUGAGUCCAUUGUUGGAGAUUCAAUACAUUCACGUUAUGCAACUGAAUCGUAUGGUGAUACAAAUAAUAACAGCAAUAAUAAUAAUGACAAAUCCAUCAUCACUAACAAUAACGCCAAUAGCAACAAUAACAAUGUGCAAAGCAAGGAAAAUUAA